AAUCAUAUAGCGAGAAUAACGGAACGUCACUGUCGAGCCAAGGCCCCCCGAGCAGCACUUGGUGUAGCAGUCGGUUUUCAGUUACGAUUUUCCCCUCCGUCUUGAGCGGAAACAAACAGUACUAGUGCUUCUAUGUAUUCAUUAAAGUGACUAAUCGCGGCUUCGCUGACGAUACGAGUACUCGGGAGAUGAGGCGGCGACGUUGAAAGGUCACGUUCCCAAAGAAAAUGUGCGAGCGUUAUGAUUAAAUGUCUAUCCGAAGAAGUUCGAGUGAGACUUCGCUCCGGCGUGGCCGUCCCUUCUCUUCAACAAUGCGUCGAGGAGCUCGUCCUCAACAGCCUCGACGCCGGCGCGACGUGCGUCGGCAUCCGGAUGGAUCUGGACGCGCUCAAGGUGCAGGUGAUCGACAACGGCGCCGGAAUGAGCGCCGAGGACAUGGCGCGCGUGGGGAACAGGUACCACAGCGGCAAAUGCCACUCGCUGGACGACCUGGAUGAGCUCAAGUAUUACGGCUUCCGGGGUGAGGCCAUAGCGAGUAUCGUUGCGCUAGCUACACUGGUAGAAAUCUCAUCCCGGGCUCGAAACGCGGAGAAGACGCUCGUUAGGCUGUUCAAAAACGGAAAAGGAAUGGAAGUGUUUGAAAAUGACGAUUGUCGACCCACUGCAGGAACGACGGUCGUCGUUUGCAAUUUCUUCCACAACAUGCCCGUACGCAGGAAGAGGAUGGACCUCGUCCUGGAAGGUGAGAGAAUCAGACAUCGGGUAGAGGCCGUGUCUCUAAUGCACCCCUCUGUGUCUUUCACCUUGAAGAACGACCGUACGGGAGCCGUGAUGGUUCAGCUUCCUAAAUCUCGAGACACCUACCACAGGUUCGUCCAGAUCCACGGUCUGACCCGAGCUCGGAAACUGGGAGAGAUACGGCACACGCGCGCCCCCUUCGAGGUGACGGGUCACCUCGGCAGAGAGGGCCACUACAACGGGGGCUUGCAGUUUUUGUACGUGAACGGCCGACUGCUUCUCAGGACGCGGAUACACGCGCUGCUGAACUCGCUUUUACGCGGACUCCGCAGUCCGACUCGGAGGAACGACAGUCCGGAAAAACGGGCGGCCGUCGGGAACGACGCGCACAGACGCGGCCAAGACCUUCACGGGGUAUACGUCGUUAAUAUUAAAUGUUCCUAUUCGGAGUACGAUAUUAAUCUGGAGCCCUCCAAAACUCUAAUCGAGUUCAAAGACUGGGACGGUGUUUUGCUGUGCGUAGAGGAGGCCGUGAACGCUUUUCUGCGCAGGGAGAAAUCGCCGCUCUCCCAAGAUGACACGCCAGAUGCGUCGCCGAGGUCGUUUCCAGUCGACGACGCGGCGCGAGAAGACGCCGGCCCCGAUCGCGCCGUCCCGACACCGUCUGUUCAUCGUAAACAUGAGCCGUCUGAUGUGCUCCGACCUGACAACGAAGGACCCGUCGAUCAGAUAAAUGCGCUCCGCCUCGCCGAAAAUGCAGAAUCCAAAUUCGAUCAAACUGAAAACGAAAUCGCAACGGCAACUCUCCGUCCGCCGGAUUCGGCGGGAGAAGAAAAGACUUCCAGAACAAUUUGCGUCCGCUUUCCGUUCGUUCACGAAUGUCUACAGGACAACGCCGGGAAAGCAGCGGGUCAGCAUCUUUCAAAACGCAAAAUCUCCCUCACCUCACAAAAUAGUGAAAGAAGCGACAUUCCUUCAAAGAUUUCCAAAGUGCUCUCUGUGGAGUCUGGAUCACUUGACGAGUUUAGAAGAAUGUACGGAAAAUCUGUUGAAACAAACGUUACCUCGUCGGAAAAGCAAACGAACCCUCGACGACUUCCGCCAAACUUUUUAGAGGAUACUCAGAAUGUUGGUCUUUCCCUGAACCGGAAAACUAAAAGUGAUGAGCGACGACACGAAGCUCAUCACCUAGAGUACGCCGAGCUAAAACGCACAUCGCCAUCUUUAACGGGUAAACUUAACCGCCUGAAACAAAAGUGGACAAAAGACCAAAGGCGAGAUCGUUCCGCUCCCGUUGGUAACGAAUGCUUUCAAGACGGCUACAACGAUGCCACGAAUACUCAUGAGGGGACGGCCGCGUCUACCGACUGGCUCCGUCACUUUGAUAGCCAAACGGGAAAAACGGCCUACGUCAACAAAGUGACUGGCCUCAGCAAAUACGAGGAACCUCCAAAAGAAGGAAAGGGGGUCCGCUGUACGUCCGAUAUCACCAACAUGGCUAUUAGUGUCGUCUCUGAAACGGGGACGGAAUGCAGAUGUUACCCCUUCCAAGCGGAUCUAGUGCUGCCCUUCUUGCCUGAAGACAAAGAACAAAGAGUGCUGAGCGCAGGGACAGACGACAACGUCCGGACCUUCCGCUCGCUCUCGUCUUUGUACUCCAAGUGGAAGAACCCGGUGUUUGUGCGUCCUCCGGAGGUGGCUGUGGACGUUUCAAGCGGGCAAGCCGACGGCUUGGCCGUCAAGAUCCACAACAUCCUGUAUCCGUACCGCUUUUCCAAGGCCAUGAUUCACUCCAUGAAGGUGAUGAAUCAAGUCGAUAACAAGUUCCUGGCGUGCCUUAUCAACACGACAGACGAUACGGACACGGAAGGUAUUAUUCUUCCUUGUCGUUUUUGCGUGGGUGAUAUUGAUUGCGUUCAAAUCUCAGGGAAUCUUUUGGUACUGUUGGAUCAGCACGCCGCACAUGAGAGAGUGCGUCUGGAAAAGCUCAUAGCAGAUUCCUUGGAAGACGAUCCAAACGCACGCGGCCAGAAACGUCUGUGUUCAUCCACUAUUUCGCCACCCCUGCGCAUCUGCGUGACUGAAGAGGAACAAAGACUGAUCAGGGCUCGUCGGACGGAUUUGCGGCGCUCGGGCCUGGAAGUGACGUUCUCUGAGAGGCGGGAUAACCGGGUGCUGGUAGGCAAAGUGCCACUUUGUUUUGUGGAGAAAGAAAAUACGGAGCAUCGGCGAAAGAGGCCGUCGGUUAUCAAGCGUCUGGUCGAGGAUUACCUUCGAGAAGAGAUGGAGUUACUUCGCUCCACCGGUACGGUGAAGGGAACUCUGCCGCUCACGGUGCUGAAAGUCCUGGCCUCUCUAGCGUGCCACGGCGCCGUCAAAUUCAACCAUCCCCUGAAUAGAGACGAGUGUCGCAGUUUGGCGGCGUCUCUGUCGUCCUGCCGGCUGCCCUUCCAGUGCGCCCACGGCCGGCCGUCCAUUGCGCCGCUCCUCGACGUCCUCCAUUUAGAGCCCGAGCGGAAGGAGCCGACGAAGCCCAACCUCAGAAAGUUAAGAAGUGUGUACAAAGCUUGGCUACUCUAUGGAAAUGAAUGAUGUCAACCUCAUGGAAUAAUUCUUGUUUUCUUUAGAAAUAAACAAUUAACAUCUUUCACUCCCCAAUGAAUAUUUCAUCAACUAAAUACACACAAAUGCAAUGUGGUUGAAUGUUCAUUCGCCCCCUCCCUCUGCUGAAAAAUGAGCAAAAAAAAAAAAAAAAAUCCUAACCAGUAUAUUUCUGUGAAUUCAUCUAGCUUUUAUUACAUUUGAUAAUGAUAUCCUGCAAAAUAUAAGACUAUAAGUCACUUGCCUCUUGUGUGUCCAAAAAUGAAAUGGCCACUUACACAUUUUAAAAUGAUAUCGGAUAAUAACGACAUGGUUUUCUCAUGAUCGGUUUUGGGCCAAUAUGCAUGUGGCCUUCAAAGUGAAUGUACCUCAUAAUUGGUUGUGGUCUCAUAACCCCAAAAUGUCCUCAAUAGAGAUGUAAUCCGUUCCGAGCGCUACUGACACGCCACAUUCAAUUUUAUAAUUGGGGUCAAAGGGAAAUAAAGCAACAGCCGACCCCAUUUGAAUCCUUCCAUAUAACUAACCUAACCGUUAAUACCUGUAUUGAAGUAGAUGAACAAAUAUUCUUUGGAGUGAGGCAAAAAUCACGAAAUCGAUGGUGCCUAUCUUACUCUUGGUGACACGAAAAUGCAAGGAACUUCAAAAAAAAAAAAACACCAGGAGCUUUGCGCUCAUCUGCUUCGGCUAGAGAUCUAAUAGCCUUCCUCUUCCGGAGACGUAAACAUUUUGGCCAAUCCUCGGCGGCUCACGGCAAGUUCUCCGACCGUGCCCUCUGUGUUCUUCCGCCGGCAAAUCUUAUCUGCCGCGCGUUCGAUGAGUAACGUCUGCUCGUCACAGCGCACGGAAGUCAGAGAUGCGCGGCGAGCUCGAGACGGCCGAUAAAAAGGCCGCCAGUGGACAGUUAAUGUUGAUGAUGCCUCUCUUCUGUAACUAAAGAUCUGUCAGUCAACCAUUUCAGUAAGUUAUUUUAUUCAAGAAACCCACAAAGUAACACAACUAGCACCUUAGACCAAAACCACCUGAGGAACGAAGAGGCAAGAUGGAUAUGUCAUUUUUUUUUCAAACCUAAGCUUUCAAAAGCGACAACAACUACUGAGCAAGGACCAAGGAUUGAAAAUGUGACCACGAAAAGCCAGAGAGCACCGCCAAAAUGGUGAGCUGAGUUUCAAUUUGUCCCGCUAAAGACGCUAAUUGUACAACCAAUUUUGCACUCUUUAUAAUAUUUUUUUCCCAAAGCUGUUGUGGCGGUGAAUAAGCCCUCUUUUACAUUCCACUGGAUUCAAUUCAAUUCAAUUUUAUUUGUAUAGCCCUCAAUCACAACAGAAGUUUCAAAGGGCUUUACAGAGGCAAUAUGAUACAUAAUUCGAAAUGAAGCAACAAAGAUGAAUAGAUACAGUUCAAGUCCUGGGUAUCCCCUAUCCUUAAGACCCUCCAUGCCGGCAAGGAAAAACUCCAGAGUCAAUUGGGAGAAAAAUGAGAAACCUCGGGGAGUACCACAGUCAGGAGAGAUCCACUCCUCAAUCCUCAAUGUUAUCCACAGGGGCUAAAUAAACAAGUAACAUCGUAAACAUACAUGUUCCGCACGAAGACGGCGUAAAUGAAUGCUUAACGACACGGGGCGUAAAUGGGGAUAGAGCGGCGUGCAGUUGUUGUGUGCAGCUAACAUGGCAAAAUGUGUCUGGGGAGAGCUUUUCUACAUGUCCAUCCAUGAUCAAACCUAAGUUAAUAUUCCUUUACUGAAAGAAAUUUUGUAACCGCUGUUUUUGCGGCCAUUUUUAACACAAAGUUGCAAUUUCUGGCAGAGUGAAAAUUUUGACAGAACACCUGGUGGGCGUACCGUAUUCAAUGGAUGACGAUCUUGGUGAAAAGUAUAGAUGUCCUAAGUAACCUGACUUAGAAUUCCCCUAAAAAUGAUGGGAAACAAAAAG